AGCAAAGCGUGAACAUCAAGAAAAUGAAAAAAAAAAAAAGUGUAUAAGCAAAUUGCCAAUUGGAGUGAAUUAUUGGAUCCAGAUCCAAGAAGGGGGAACUGGGUCGUCGUCGUCAUCGUCAUCGCAAUUAAUUCCGAAUGUCUGCCAUGGUCGAGAACGAGCUCAUACCGGGGCUCCCGGAGGAGGUCGCCCGCGAAUGCCUCAUCCGCCUUCCGAUCGAGGCCCUCCGCGCCGCACAGGACGUCUGCAGGCACUGGAGGCGCGUCGUCGCGUCCCCGCCCUUUCACCGCCUCCGCAGGGCCGCUGGACUCGCCCGACCUGUCAUCGUCUUCGUUCAGUCCGACCCCGCCUCCACCCCCGCCAGCAAGCACUCCUUUCCUUCCCCUCUUUUUUACCGUCUGGUCGUGUUCGAGCCGGCCACCGACGCCUGGACUUCGCCCCCGAUGAUCCCCGGCCGUCCCCACGGCCUCCCGCUCUUCUGCCAGCUGGCCGCCGUCGGGCGGGAGCUGGUGGUGAUUGGCGGGUGGGACCCCCGCACCUGGGCUGCUACCGACGAGGUCCACGUCUACGGCUUGGUGUCCGGCGUCUGGCGCCGCGGGGCGCGGAUGCCUGGCCCGCGGCGUUCCUUCUUCGCCUGCGCCGCCGCCGAGGCGGAGGGGCGGUGGUUAGUGUUCGUGGCCGGCGGGCACGACGAGAGCAAGAACGCGCUGCGGUCCGCGCUGGUCUACGACGUGGCGGCGGACGCGUGGACGCAACUGCCGGACAUGGCGCGGCCGCGCGACGAGUGCAAGGGAUUCUUCUCUGGCGGUGCGUUCCGCGUCCUCGGGGGUUACCCGACUGAGGCGCAAGGUCAGUUCUCGCAGACCGUCGAGGCGUUCGAUGUGGCCACCUGGCGGUGGGCGGCAGAAGGGGACUCGGCGCUGGAGGAGGCGGCCAACCCGCGGACGCGGACAUGUGUGGUGUCCGAGAAAGGGAAAAUUUACAUGUGCCGGGAAGGAAGGGAAGUGGAGAUGAUGGAGGAAGGCGGCAGAUCGGGGUGGGGGAGGGUGGCGGAGCUGCCGCGGGAAAUUAGGGCAGCUCUGCACAUGGUGGCGUGGGAAAGGGGGCUGAUGGUGCUGGGUUCAGGGGCCCGCGGCGGGCCCCAGAUGGCGUACGUUCUUGAAUCGGGCUGUGAGGAUGAGGAGGGGACCAGGACGUGGCACGAGGUGGCGGUGCCGAGGGAGUACUCGGGCCAUGUCCAAGCUCUGUGCAGCUUCGAAGUCUAGAAGCUCUCCGAAUCACCACCAGACUGGAAUUGGACCAGGGUCUUGCUCCUGCUUCAAUCAAGCUUUGUGAAAAUACCAAAAAAAAAAACAUGUAAAUUUUAUUUGCGUAUUAAUGGAUUUUGGAUUUUGCUA